GUUUGAAACCCUUAUGAUGACAAGCUCAGUCACGUGACAUGGCGAUCUUAUUUUCAUCAAGAUGUUGCCUUAGCACAAGUAUCCGCUCGCAAGACAAACGUUGUAUUAUGUACGUCCGGUUGAUAACAUUAUACACGACUGGAUGACCGUUGAGCUUGCACCUAAGUUCUUGCGUAUGAUCUCCCUUAUCUAUCCCAAACCUCCUUCUCUUCUUCGGUUACUGUUGUUCUACUUUCGGUCCUGUUACGUAUCAUUCAGCCCAAAUUGAACAAUGUUCGUCCCGAAGGUUUCACAUUCAUCAACGGAUUCUAUACGCAGUACUCGAAGGCGCCAACGUACAAGUCUUGAUGAUGCGGACAAGCCGCCAAGAGCUAAAAGACAGCGCUCUGCUUUGCGCUAUGACAGUCACGAACUACCGUCGCUGAGCCAGACCAGCUCUAUUGCCCAGGAAAGAGUCCAAGAGCAUGCGUCGAACAACCUGACAGAUUUGAGGUCGACUGCCGAGCACAAUGCUGCUGGUUUGAAGGAUAUUCCAAUAAGGGUUCUUAGGGAACAGGAAAGGCGAGAAACGGAGAACGACGGGACGGUUGUUUUGUCAAAAACAGAUUUUUACACAGUCUCUCAAUUACCUUCCCUCCCAGAGGCAAUUCGAAGUUUACACACAGAGCCCAUAAGGUGUUUCUUCGGGGAAGGUCAUGAAUAUGCAUUGGCCAUGACCAAAUCGCACGCAAUAACAUGGCCAUAUUCGGCUACCUCCUCCCCUUCUCCAGCGGACAUCUUCACUCUUACUAUACCCGAACCCUGCAGAGAACCCAGUGAAGCCGUGCCUUUCGGAGUUCUGCUCUCGGCAGCCACGUCCGAUAUUCCUGGGUUGAUGAUAGUCAUGCCUUACUCAGGGAAAAUCAUAUACUGGGAAACGAUGUCGAGCGCGGCGUCGUUAGGAUUGCCGAGACAGAGGCCCUCUGGUAUCCACGGACAAAUACACAACUUACUCUCGGGUGAACAUGUUGUUGACAUUGUAAACGGGGAGCCUUCGGGCGUUGUCGUCACCUUUUCAUCCGGACGAGUUGCCCAUGUAACGUUCAGAGAUACACAAGGGAAAGCAGCAGUGAUUGUGAACUUUCUGCGCUCUUCGUCAGGGAGCAAUGUGAAGACUGGGCUACUCGGCGGCAUUAAAAAUGUUUUCGGCGGAGGAUUCUGGAGAAAAGAUGUUAGUGCUGUUCGCGCCGGCGAUUCGCGCCAACGGGGACAACGAGACAUUUUAAUUGCCACCUCCAGCGGCGUUUUCGAGAUCUGGGACACACAUUGGAACAAUGGCUGUGUGCUGAAAAGGCAGUUCGAUGCUAAGCAUAAAUUGUGCCAGUUUCUUGGGCCGAAGUAUGUGAAUGGAGCCGGUGAGCCUGACUUUAGGGUGCUGGAUUUCACAUUCUCACCCGGCAACCAUAUCACGUCAGACAGGCAGAAAAGUGAUCCGGAAUCGUGGCAGAUAUGUGCUAUAUUAGCCCCGCCUCGAGGGGCAUCUUCGACAAACCUCUGUCUGAUGCAGAUUCUGCUUUCGGAGAAUAUCGAUGUAAUAUCAACCAACACGGUCACUCUGCAUCACAACAGCGAAGAUACCGGUGUGAAAUUGCUUCUUCCGGCGCCAGGAGACACUGCAUUCAUUAUAGCCAACCAGUCGGUCACACUACUGUCGUUGGCUGGGCCCAAAGAGUCACCCACUUCGCACCUUCUGCUUGACCCCAACCAACAAAGACCUUCGUUGUAUGACUCUAUUGUCUUCCGUUCCGGCAAGGAGUACGAUAUCCUGGGAAAUGGAGUCGAAGCCCAAAACAAUGAUGAAUCAUUCUGUGGCUGCCUUCUGAUGAUUCGAGAAUUUGGUGUUGUUCGUAUCACAACUUCACCUCGCAAAAAGUCUGGGAGUGACAUAGAAGACGCUCAAGUUUCAGCGAAAGAUAAGCUUGAGCAGGCUAUUUUCUAUGGUACGAUGUCGGAUAACCCCUUAAACUUGGCCAACAAGAGCUGCUUGGAUUUCUCUGCCAAAGAAAUUGAGCAAGCGGCCCUGGAAAUCUGCAAAGAUUUGCUUCAAUCAACAUCUCGAUUUAUCCCUAGGACAGCAAUCUCUCUGGACCAGAAUUUAAGGCUACGAGCGAAAGCCAUAGAUGACCUUGCGAGUCUUCUCAAACAACAAAACAAAAACUUUGACCGCCAAACAUGGUGGGAAUUGCUAUGGAGUGCCGAAAAGCUUGCAGCUCAACGAUCAAUGUGGAAGUUAGAGGAAGCUGCCCGAAAAUCUCAAGGCAGAGAACCCACGUUUUUAGCCCAUGUUAUAGGGUUGAUGAGCGAAAAGUUCAAAACGAAAUUGGAUGAACGCGCCGGCGAGAGUGAUCCAGUACGCCACUGGUUCCUUCAUGAUACCUUCAGAAUGGAACACAUUGUUCCAUGGAUUUCAAAUGCCAUCAGGCCACAUAAGGGACAGCAACCAAGACAAGGUCGAAAAGCAGCAGACCAAAUAUUAGAUGCUAGCGAACUUUCUUUGGCUGUAUUAGAGACAGCUUUUCGCUACCGUGAUGAGCAUGCUAGCCAAUACGGACUCAAUGACGGGUAUCUGGAAGACGGUGUCUAUAUAGACUCCUACAGCGGUCUCCCGGAAUUCUGGACGUCGCGAGGCAUCAGCUACGUUGAAACCGGGCAUCUCCUGGAUUUGGAACUCGAUAGCUGCAGGGCGUGGAUACAGCAAAUGUCUACAUGCGAAGCCCCUGAGAGCUUACGAAAAAUUUCAAAAAACUGCGCCAGGCAACUUCGUGUAUUGGGUCAAAUGCACUCGGAGCGAAUGCGGUGGCUGGCUGCCCAGGGGAAUACAAAGAUGGAUGACGAGAGCAUUACCGCAGAACGCGCGCAUGUCAAGCACCGUAAGUGGCAACUUUUUAAGCUAGCGGGAAUUGGGCAGCUAGGAGAUGCCAUCGCUUUGGCUGAAAAGUUCGGGGACAUGGAGGCAUUGGUAGAGCUCAUAAUUGAGCUUCAGGAUCAAACAAAAACCCAAAUUAUCUCUUCUAAGUCACCGCAGCAUAGCCACAAUGCUCCUCAAUCUGAGGCAGAGCAGCUCACCAACAAGGUUUCUCAAUAUUUCGACAAAUUUGGCGAAUCAUGGGCCGACGCCUUUUUCUCGCGACAAAUAUCAAUGGGUCAAGCGGGGAUAUUAUUCUCAAUGAAAAGGUUUCAGCCUUUCAUCACACAAUUUCUGCGCAAAAACACACCAUAUUCUCGAUUGUGUUGGAUCAACAGUGUCAUUGGUGAGAAUGAUUAUGACGCUGCCGCGAAGUCCCUUGAGCGUCUAGCUAUCCAGCAUGAGGGCGAUAUAUGGAGUCAUCGCGUCGAGUUAUCGUUGGCGAAACUAGCAAACCUAGCUGCAUGGGAGAAAACUCCCUCGAGCCAAACACCUCCCCACGACGAUAUCAGGCGCCUUGAAGACUUAGCCGAAAUCAGUGCGGUCCAGGAAGUCGUGUUUGCCUAUGUUGCGCCCGCACUGCAAGGUGCGAUUGAUCAAAAGGCCGAGGUCGAUUUAGCAAUUGAUCAUUUUGGCAAGAGCAUUGCUACAGAGAGACCGUCAUUCCAUGAAGUUUUAGGUGAUGCACUUACCAAAUUAAUCACUCGGCAGGUCAUCAAUGUUGACCAACUUGUUGAUUUAUUGACAUUGAUUGAUACUGUUGAGGUUUCUGCCUACGGUCAGAAUGAGUUACUGGGGAAAGAAUUUUACUUUGCUUUACGAGUUAUUCGCCUCGGACAUUUUACUCAGCAACAUCCGCUCUACCAUCUUGUUUUACAGAAACUGGUAUGGCGAAGAUGCAUGAUCAAGGAUGACUGGGCGGACUUAGGGUGCACCGUCGAAAAAAUGGGCGACGGGUCAGAGCAAUUGCUCCACGAUACCGCGCUUUCUCAUACACUCAAUUUAUGUCUCAGAGAUAGAUAUACCAACGACCCGAAUUAUCCACCUCUUUAUGUUCCCCUCUCUCCGCGGGAUGUACUUUUGAGUGAUUCGGAUUCUGAGCUCAUAUCAUCACGGUUCCGUCCAGAGCAAAGAGACCGGAUUCUUCGAGACCUUAACCAUGAGAAUGAAAGGUUGCUCCAUUACCUUGAUAAGGGUGGGCUUGAAUUUUGGUUCAAAACUUUUACUUCAUAUACGGAGGAGAGUGGCCCAUCUUCGGCCAACAUGGGGGAUACCGGACAACCAGGCCACGAUGAACCUGACCAGAUCGGUGAGAAAGGACCGCUACAUGUUGCCGAUGGACUACAAUCGAAGACAAAACUUAGCUGGUUGUGAAACGGCCUAUGGCAAUCAUCAUUAUUUCCCUGGCAUCACACAGUUAAGUGCAUGGCAGGAAAAUGUGCCAUCGUGAUUUAGCCAUCCAUUAAAGCCACAAUAUUAGUGAUGCAAAGAGGACCUAUAUGGGUUGGUAAAUUACAUGCUUGCAUCCGUACAUUCUCGACUUGAUACUUAAUUUAAUUCGAUUUCAGUUUUGAUAUGUUAUCUUGACAGUUCAGAUCAGUCAAUACUUUCUUCUCCACAUGGAGUUAAAC